AUGCAAGAUUUUACUUGCAUAAAUUAUGCUCAUGACGUAGUGCAAAAGGCCAGAUUUGUUGUAAUUUUGGUGGUAUUUUCCAUUGGUCUUUACAGCAGAAAUCGAUUUUAGAUGGUAUCUUGAGGAAUAUAGGUAAUCUGAAUUGUAGUACCGAAGGGACCGUCAUUAAAUAUUAAGAAAAAAAGGAUCCCAACCCUCCUUAUCAAUGCAAAUGACUCUUUUGUGUGCAGCCACAGCUCCUGUCUGGAGCGGUGAGAUGGAUUUUUAAUUAUGUGUGACUAAAACAAACUGUGGCAAAGAUUUUAAAAGGGGAGAACCUCAGAAAAUAAGACACAUUUACGAAUAUCAAGACAGUGACUGCUUGGUGGUGAGAGCACUGAACCAUGGACCCUCAGGAUCUCCCUGCUGCUGACACACCCCUCACUGUCAAUGAACAGCCAUUAGGUUCCUGCACUUUGAAAUUCCCUACCAAAAACAACCAGGUGAUAGUGAUGUCUGGUCAUGAGACCAUCCGUGUCUUGGAAGUGGAGGUAGAUCAAGCCUCUCUUCCAUCCUCAGUGCCUGAUGGGAGGACUGGUUUGGGGGGUGAGGAUGUGAGUAAUCAGGCUAUGCAACCUGAGGCAGGAACACAGGACAGCCCGCCAGCACCCCACAACACUGGGGGAGUAGGUGAGCCCUUUGUAGGAUACCGAUACGUGCUGGGGGAGCAGGUGGUGGCUGUGGAUUCUGAAGCCUCUGCUGUCCAGAAUCUUGCUCAGACUGCAGUUCCCAUCAGUGUAUCCCUGUCGCAGCCACAGGCCACCAUGCCCAUCACUGUGCAGAGCUUGCAGGGCUGUCAACAGGUCCUGACCCAGGAUGGUCUGGCCACUCUGAUGACAGGGAUGAUGGCCCAGACAGGCUCCCUGGGCCAGCCCCUGCUCAUCCCCCUCAGCAUGGCAGGGUCCAUGGGGGGCCAAGGCCUGGCUGUCCUCACCUUCCCCACCAGCAACGUAGCCACACUCCCUGGCCUUUCAGCUGCCAGCCAGUCCGGAGGCCUCCUCAAACUACCCUUUGCCGGCUUACAAGGCUUGCAAACAGCCACUGUGCUAAACCCUGUCCAGGCCCAGCAGACGGUUUUCCAGUCUCAGACAGCAUCACUACAGCAGGUCCAGGCAGCUAUGCAGCAGGCUCAGCAGAACACGCAGGUGACCGCAGCCCAACUGGCCCGGGCCAUGCCAGCCGUCUCUCAGCCCAGUGUGUCUGUGGCAACACUCCAUUCUGCAGGCCUCUCCAUCAACCCUGCCAUUAACAAUAUGUUCUGGAUGCCUCCGUUUCAAUCCUCUCAGAUCAGUGCUGCAUCUCUAGGGGCUCAGCCUCAGUUCAUCAGCUCCCUUACAUCCACUCCCAUCAUCACCAGUGCCAUGUCUGGAAUCACCAGCCAGAUCAUCACCAACGCACAGGGACAGGUGAUUGGAACCAUCCCCCUGAUGCUGAACCCUGCCUCACUGACAGGAGGGGCUGCUACUCAGGCUCUGAAUCUCCAGGGCUUUCAAGGCCUGCAGGUCCAGACAGUCCAGCCACAGCUGGUUCUGAACAACCAGGGCCAGAUCAUUGCCACCAUAGGGAAUGGACCUGCUACAGUCCCCACUUCUGCUGCGGUUAUUCCCAAGCCUAAUGUUCCUGUGACAUUCUCCAAGCCCAGCACCCAGGCUCAGGUAACAACUGUUACGCAGUCACCUGUGGUCAUCGCCCCACAACCGUCUGCAAUGAAGACAGUCACGCCAAUCUCCUCCUCAGUCCCUAUCACCUGUGGGGAGACACCCACUGUGGGCCAGCUCGUCAGCAAGCCACAGCAAGGGUGCACAGAUGAGGAGGGCAUUAAUCUGGAAGAGAUUCGAGAGUUUGCCAAGAACUUCAAGAUCCGCCGGCUGUCCCUGGGGCUGACGCAGACACAAGUGGGACAGGCCCUCACGGCUACAGAGGGACCGGCCUACAGCCAGUCUGCCAUCUGCAGGUUUGAGAAGCUGGACAUUACACCCAAGAGUGCUCAGAAGCUGAAGCCUGUGCUGGAGCGGUGGCUGGCUGAAGCAGAGCUGUGGAACCAGAAGGGUCAGCAGAAUUUGAUGGAGUUUGUGGGUGGUGAGCCGUCCAAGAAACGCAAGCGUCGCACCAGCUUCACCCCGCAGGCCAUCGAAGUGCUCAACACCUACUUUGAGAAGAAUGCCCUGCCAACGGGCCAGGAGAUUACGGAAAUCGCUAAGGAGCUCAACUACGACCGUGAGGUUGUGCGUGUAUGGUUCUGCAACAGGCGGCAGACACUGAAAAACACCAGCAAGAUCAAUGUGUUUCAAGUGCAGCCGUAAGCCUGUGCAGUAGUAAGUGGCCAUUGACUAGUAGGUAAGUUGGAAGGACCGCAUAAUCAGCUAAAGAAAAACAUUUUGUAAAGACCGUAACACAGUCAACCUUAGUAAGUUAAAAAUUAUAUGGACACUGAAUGACACGAACCGAGUCUUACUAUAUG